ACUCCCUGCACCAAGUGAAACCUUCCAGUCCCCAGGAAACCUUGAUCUCCUUUCUAUUCACUCCACAGUGAGAAGCAGCAUCUCUCAAACUUGCUGGCCAUGGGGAGGAGCACAUGGCAAUUCAUCUUGCUAACCACCUGUGCAUUUUCCUCCUGCUUUGCUGAAGUGGCCUUAGGGGUCAAGGUGUCUCCAGAAACCAUAUCCUUCACACAUACAACUACCUCUCAGCCACACCCCCGUCAUCAUUCUUCAUCCCACCAAGGUACCACAGUUCAUUUUAACAGCACAGGCUCUCUUAAAACAACAUCCACGAGCCAUAGAACAACUGUGCAGACAACAGACCAGCAUCAGGUAACAACAGCACCAGGUCAUCACAUGACAGACCAGGCAGCAGCAACCACCACGCAAGUGAUCAGCCGGAAAUCUCCCAUGAUGGUAUCUGCAAUAUCAUCAGACAAUACAACUGCAGCUGGUCAGACUACAACCCAGGCAAUGGAAACGGUUACACUUGUAGUGAAUAAUGCAACCAUACACCCUGUGUCCUUCACCAAGCAAGACAGAGCAUGUGUGAGUGCAGAAAUAACAGCGGCAGCCACAAACACAACCAUAAAACAUACAACACCAAAUACACAAAUGACAGCUACUGCCAUAAAUACUACAGCCACCACCAUGCAAACUGUACAGCCCACCACAGGAUCUGGAAAUCAAACAACACUACCUGAAAGUUCAAUAGCCCCAGCCAUGACAAAUGCAACAACCAUUCAUCCAGGGACUCAAACAGCCAUCCCAUCUACUAUGAUGACAGCAAGGCCCACUCUUGCACCUCAGCCUUCUCCCAUCCCCACUGGCACAUACACCAUUUCCAGUGGGAACAGGACCUGCAUCAAAGCAGUCAUGGGUUUGCAGUUGAUGGCUCAAAAUGCACAGAAGCAAAUGAAGUACAUGACUGUCAACCCCAAUGUGACACAGACAUUUGGAAGCUGUGGGAUGGUGCAGUCUGAGCUGAACAUAACUUUCAGUGGAGGGUUUGUAAACUUCACCUUUGUAAAGCAAGCUCCAAGCUACUAUGUCAGUAAAAUUGAGACCAGGUUACAGUUAUCUUCUGAAGGUAUGCUUUACUGUGGAGCUGUACAAGAGAAGAUGUUUACAACAAAGCUGGGGAAUUCCUUUAAGUGUGCCAGCAAGCAAACCUUCAAUCUGGAGAAGAACUUCCAGCUACUCUUUGUUAAUAUGCAGCUGCAGGCAUUUGAUAUUGUUGGUAACCAGUUUGGAAAAGAAGAAGAAUGUUUUCCUGAUAAAAACAGCAAAGCUGCUCCCAUUGCAGUCGGGCUGAGUAUCCUGGGAUUGUUAGUCAUCAUGUUUGCCACUUUCCUGAUUUCCAGAAGAAAGCCGCAAAGAGGAUACGAACGUAUCUGAGGUGCACUUGUAUUUCCAAAUGUGCAUAGCGAGUAGAGAAGUCACAGGAGUUUUAGCUUCUACCUGGCAAUCUCACUACCCUGAAGCCACAUUUUUAAGUGAUUUUAAGGGAUGACACCAAUGUCUUUAAAGCUAAUAUUUCUGGAAAUGAUUUCUUUAAGGUGGGAAGGAGAGAACUCAUACUAUCUACUUUAGGCUAUUCUUAGCAUCUAAUUUAGAUAUAGUUCAGAGGACCAAAGUGAGGAGCUUAAAUUCUUUAUAUUAUCAACAAAGUAGGCAGUUCAUACCACCCAAGUCAGAUGCCUAAAAAUAGCUUAAAGCAAGCAGUAUCACUAUUCCCCAGAAAAUCCAUCAGGUUUGUUAAAGAUAGCAUUUAGAUUUAUUAAAAUAGAUGUGUCCAGUAACACAACCUUCAAGUGACUAAACCAGAGGUCCACAGCUACAGACAACCUUGUUAAAUCAGAGCUCAGGGAAAGCCUUGUGGGAACACUGUGUAUGCUGAAGUCUCAGGGCAAGUGUGUGACUUCCAUUGGCAAGUUCUCACCAGUCCUGUAUGUAACAGGGUUACAUUCUGCAAGUCCUUGUUUUUCCUAUUAAACCCUUGACAAGGACAGAGCACUAAUAUGUGAUUCUUAUCCUGGAGGCAGUGUUUUUAGAGAAAUUUCUAGUUUCCAGUGACUGUGGAUGCAAAUAAGAGAUUACCCAGCUGAGGUCACACAGGGGCUGCCUGACCAGUGUGUGCCUAAAUUAUCACUUCUUAUUGCUUGUCUCAGCACUGCUGCAAAAUGUCUGAACUUCUGUCAAUAAUUCUUGAGCUGCAGCCUCAUAAAGCACAGCACAUUCGAGCAAUCUGACACUGGUAAAUUUAUCCUGAAGUGCUAUCCUGCAAACUGCACAAUUCAGGAGCUGAUUGACAAGCAGCUGAGGUGUGCAGCAGAACUGGGCAGGAGUUUGGAGGCAGUAACUGCAUCCGUCUGCCACACCAGGCCAAAUUGCCCCGCUUGUCAAUUGGUGCUCAAGGCACAGCAUCCUUUUGCAACAUGUUUGCCAUACAAUGUGGAGAAAUCUAACAUGAGGGUGUGAAAACACGGUGACAUGUGGUCUGAUGAUUUUGCAUGAUAAAUUCAAAGAGCUUAAUAUUUUGUGGUCUUGUGAGAGCUCAUAAAUCACCCCUUUCACCUGUUCAAACAAAGAUCUGAUUCAAUGCCUGCCACUGAACUUGGUAACUCCCUCUACUGAGACAGCAGCUCUGUGGUCUCUCUUAAUCCAGGAAGAUACCAUGGUCACUGAAAAUGCCAGGGAGUAAGUGGCCACGAUUGUGGUAGACCUGCACAAGGUCCAUGAACAAACAGAAAUCCACUAUGAUGGGAUAUGUUCAAGGCUUCUGUGGGAAAUAAAAACAUGCACAGGCCUUGGACAAACUCUGCCCAAAGUGAAUGCUACUCAGCAUGCUCACAGCUGAGGAGCUGGAUUUUCAUAUGGAAAUAAUUUGGAGCUGUUUUAAAGAACACUAAUUGAUACACUCUGUAGUCUAUUUCCUGCUAAGCAAGUGAUGAAAGCAUCAGACUUGCUUUUGCAAUUAAGUUCAGCUAAUGCUCUUUGCUGUAACAAGGAAAAAUCUCCUUGUCACAAAAGAUUUACAAAGCUAAACAUAUGCACAAAUGUGCACAAGGACACAUGUGCACAUACCACACCAUCUGUUCACUGCAGAACAUAAAAAUUACAAGAAAUCAUGUCUGAAAAUCUUGCAGAAGAUAAAAUAAUAUUAAAUAAGAGAAAACAAUAUUAAAUAAGAACACACUUUCCCCUUAGGAGUCAGGGUAAUGGCUUAAAUUUUACCAGUUAAAGUUUUGCUUGGAAAAGGGCUGUGGAAUGGCACCCAUUAAAAAAAAAGACAGACCAAAGUAAUCUGCAAAAACUCCUUGUUGACAGUUGAAUCUGGAUCUAAACAAAAUACAAAUUCUGGGAGCUAGUUUAAUCUGCACAAAUAAUGGCCCACAUCCUGACCAAUUAUUAAUAGUGGUGGAACCUUACUGCAUUUUCACUGGGUUAAACUGAUGAUGAUAUCGUGUGAGUUUAAUUUCCCUUAAAUAUUUUUAAAAUAGUUUUGAUAUUUUAUUAGUGUUUAAUCAUUGAGACUUUACUUAUUUAAAUUAAGAAAUAAAAAGAAAUCCUUCCAUUCCGUCAAUUACUAAAAGAUGCUGGUCUGCAUCAAGCAGGAAACAUGGUCAUAUUGUUUCAUAAUUGACAGAAUAUGUAGCUGUGGAAGUAAUCACAUCUCCAGAAAUGUUCCCUGAUAAGAUAGACAAUUUUGAAGCAUUUCUGCACAGAAUGAGCUGUGAGCAAGGGAGGCAGUUGAUGAGGUAAAGUAGAACAAGAAACAGAAUACUGAACCUUCAAGACUUUAAUACAGAUGCAGUGAUUUGAACUGUAUUCAGCUGAAUACUCAACCUUAAAUUUGAGUAUUUCAAUUAUUGUUUUGUAAAAGGCUCCAGCACUUUCAAUAUUGCUCAGUGAACUUUACCUAGCUUAUUUUCACUCUUCUUCCUUUGUCCCCUGUUAGUGGGCAAGCAGCCCACUGAACUCAGUGGCAUGGUUUAGGCCCUGGGCUUAAUAAGAUCCCUCUGGUUCUUAGGGUUAGUUAAUACUGUUAAUCUUUUUUCUUUCUAUAGUGAAUCAAGCUUUGGUAUUGAGCAGUGUUUGGAUUCAGGUUUAUCUGAUUUAUUUUAAUGCUUUUUAUUGCUGUUAUUUGCUGGUUUUAUGAAGCUGCAUACUGUCCUUUCUAGAUGAAUAAUACUCUGGGCUUGCUUUAAACAGCACGGGGGAAGGGCACAUAGCAUAAACUGAUGAAACAGUUGGAAACUCACGUGAAAUGCUGCCAACAUGCAGCAAAAUUAAUCCAAUGGGGUUAGAGCUUCACAGUGGUAAAGGAUCCAUUGGAGAAUUCUUUACUGCAUCAGGAGAUCCCAGCCACUAAGUGCAGCCUUUCUUCCACCUGCAGGCCAGCCUACAUGCUGUCACCUCCUUCACUGACCACAAAACACACAAGCAGCCUGUAGCAGAGGUGUGUCAGCAUGCCAGCAUAGCAUGGAGCGCUACCUCUCUGAAUUUAACAUUAAACGAGAAUUAGACAGCCCAGCUGCUCACUGAGCUGCCAUGUGCAGCUUUUACAGCUGAUGUCUGUUUUCUGACAGAAUUUAGGAAGAUAUUUGGCUGGCACUUUUUUAUCUAAUGGAGUUGCUCUAAGGUCCUCCUCCCAGUGCAAAGACUAUAGGUGUAAUUGGUCUUGGUCCUGCUAGACUUUUUUUAAACGUCUUGUCUGAGGAAACAUUCUGAGCAAAAAAAUCCCUAAAAAAACACCACACAAAGGAGAGGAUCUUCUGAUAAACUAGUUGUAUACUAAGUGAGCCAUAAUAGUUACACCAUGGGGAGCAGCGUAGUUUCUUUGCUUCCUGUUGAUAUGGAUGUAAAUGAAAAUAUUAUUUUCUAAGCUUGGUAGAUUGCUUCCCUUCCAGGGCUGCUCUUUGCCAUAGUCAGACACUUGUUCACAACCUGCUUACUGCUUGGAACAGAGAGUUACCAACAAACCUGACCUAAAAAUCUGCCUGCCAAAACCAUUCAUAUAGUCAACUUGAGCCCAUGUACCCAGAGAGUAGAGAGAAGAGAACAGGGAGGAGACAAAGUUGCAGCUGGGUCCCAGAGUGACCAGCAGCAUUGGACUCAGCACCCCCAGCUCACUUCUUCUCCCAGCUGCAGGCUCAGAACAACCCGUCCCUGAACCAUAAUGAUAUGAUGAGCCCCAUUAGGGAAGCUAUGCUGAACUCACUGGCAAGCACGUGCUGGUCAGGAAACAGUGGGGCCACACAGAUUAGGAGGUGAGCACGUCCAUGUAGCUCCCUGAUUCUCUGAUGCAACUCUCACCUCAGACCAUUCACUGUGGGCUCUUGCACACCCAAGGUAGACUAAGAGUAUCCCAUGGGUGUGAUGAUGUCAUACUUAGCCAAAUCACCAAGGAGUUUAUAAAGCAAGAUUUAUUUUCUUUCAGUUCUUUUUGCUCUCUGGUGGACAGAUUAAAAAACAGCUGUUAAUUCUAGUUGAAAGAGGGAGAUGUAGAUAGGCAUCUUGAGUGUAUGAAGAUGGUUUGGUUGAUCACUUCUAGCUUGCUAUAAUAUGUGAUUGCUAGAAAAUAAUUUGCUAUGAGAAGAUACACUCUUUAUUUUUCUAUUGUUAUUGUUUCCAUAAUAAAGGUCAUACUUAGUCAUGAAA